UUUGGCGUUAUAUCGUGAUGUUUGCUACCUCGUUUAGCUGCAAUGUAGCUAACGUUAGCGACAUAAUAUUACUAUUAGCAGUUGGCUUAACCUAAUAACGUCACCACGGACAUGACAGCGGGGCAGAGACAGGGUGCAGUGAAGUCCUGUCGUUAAAGGUGGAAUCGGUUGUGAAUUGUGAGGUUUUUAUGGUGAGUUCAUAUUUUGGCGUUAUAUCGUGAUGUUUGCUACCUCGUUUAGCUGCCAUGUAGCUAACGUUAGCGACAUAAUAUUACUAUUAGCAGUUGGCUUAACCUAAUAACGUCACCACGGACAUGACAGCGGGGCAGAGACAGGGUGCAGUGAAGUCCUGUCGUUAAAGGUGGAAUCGGUUGUGAAUUGUGAGCAAGACCGGGCAGGACUCGCUGAUGGAGGUUAGCCAGAAGCUAACGCAGGACUGAAGCUACGGUGCCGUGUUGGAGUCACUCAAUAAUAAUCAAUAUCAAAGAUGUUUUCAAAACAGAAGUUAUGGCCGAACCUACGCACCACAUGAUGUUUUGACACUUUAAAUAACAAAAAAAUAACAAAUAAACAAAGGUUUUUGAAAAGUUGUACAUACACGGGAGAGGUACUACAAAUAUGCAGUAUCCUUUUAGGCAUUUAAACCCAUUUUUGCCUGAAAAAAUGCAGUCGAACAGAAAAUUUAGGCGUCACGUCAUUGACCCACAUUUUUAACAAAUAAAAACACAUUCUUAAAUUUCAGAGCAUCACUGUGACUGAUCAACUGAUCAACAAAUGUAGCAAGAUGUGAAACCUUUGCUUGUUUAGACUCAAUACUUCUAAGGGAAGUUUUCACCAUCCUGGUGGUACCGGCCUACCCUGGACCCCCCCAUAACCAUCCAUGCGCUUAUGUAUGAGGAAGGAUGUGAUGCUGCAUAUGUCAGUCAAUGGUCAUGUGGCAACGCCGCCAUGCUGCUGUACCAGAAGUUAAGUUUGACAUCCCUAGUUUAAAUUGAUUACGGAGUGUCUGUGCAGCACAACAUGGUUAUCAUCUAACAAGUUAACUUCAACAGGCUCGGUCAGCUUUCAGUGUGCUCAUUUCAGAAUUUGCAUAUUUCAUUAGCCCGUGUUUGAUGUUAAACAAUGUGCAUCUUGCAAUAGCAAAGCUCAGUACACAGUUGUUGCAGCGUCUAUGUGUUUGUAUGAAUGUCUGUUUAUUUAUUUAUUUUACAUAAUAGAUUUUUUUUGUGACUUGCUAUUUUUCAAAAACCUUUUUGUGAGAUUUGCCUUGACUAAGUACGAAUUACAAUUAUUUUCACAGAACCAUUAUGUCCACAAGGAGGAGGAGGAAAAAGCCUAUAGACGAUGCAAAGACAUACAUUCUGUCUUGCACUGACAAGGAUGGGUUUAUGCCGAGAUUCAUUGACCGUUACAAAGGAAGAGGAGUGUUUGCCACACAACCCAUUGAACCCGGGGACUUCGUGUUGGAGUACAGGGGUAAACUCCUCACACAGGAGGAAUGCAAGUCAAGAAAAUACUCAGAGAUUGAAAGCACAUUUCUCUUUGACUUUCAGUGGCAGAAUCAUCACUUAUGCCUGGAUGCAUCUGAAGAAGAUUUAUCUCUCGGAAGAUUGGUCAAUGACAACCACCAAAAUCCAAAUUGCGUUAUGAAAAAAAUCAUAGUUGACAACAAACCACAUUUGUGCCUUUUUUCUCUGAAGAAAAUAGAAAUAGGAGAUGAAAUUGAUUACAACUAUGGUGAUUCAAAAUGGCCUUGGCGCUGUAAGUUGAAAAAAACCCAAGCUCCAGCCGCAGCAGAAGAGAAUGAGACUAGCCCUGUUCCUCAGAUGCUGAAUGAUAGACCUAACCCAGAUCAGACCUGCACACAGGUGAAAGGCCUUCAGACUCCUGCUGCAGCAGAAGAGAAUGAGACCAGCCCUGUUCCUCAGAUGCUUAACGAUAGACCUAACCCAGAUCAGACCUGCACACAGGUGAAAGGCCUUCAGACUCCUGCUGCAGCAGAAGAGAAUGAGACCAGCCCUGUUCCUCAGAUGCUUAACGAUAGACCUAACCCAGAUCAGACCUGCACACAGGUGAAAGGCCUUCAGACUCCUGCUGCAGCAGAAGAGAAUGAGACCAGCCCUGUUCCUCAGAUGCUUAACGAUAGACCUAACCCAGAUCAGACCUGCACACAGGUGAAAGGCCUUCAGACUCCUGCUGCAGCAGAAGAGAAUGAGACCAGCCCUGUUCCUCAGAUGCUUAACGAUAGACCUAACCCAGAUCAGACCUGCACACAGGUGAAAGGCCUUCAGACUCCUGCUGCAGCAGAAGAGAAUGAGACCAGCCCUGUUCCUCAGAUGCUUAACGAUAGACCUAACCCAGAUCAGACCUGCACACAGGUAUUUACUGUCCAAGGAUUUUCACUGGUUGAUUAUCCAGAUAGUGAUGAAACUGAUGAGGAUGGUAUGGAAAACGAACCUCCCACCCCACACCUGGAUGUUAUUAUAGGGCAGAAUGAUAUUGGCCCAGAUGUUUCAGAUCAUUUGUACGAUUCAGAUGAAACUGUUGUGAAAGAAACUUGUGAUGAGGCUUCUCCAAGCAACCAUUCCAACAAUCAAUCGGAUGAUGAACUUGUUCCACCACUGAGACGCACAAAAAGCAUUCUGAUGGAUAGAGUACAAGAUUUUACCCACAGUCUCUAUGAUUCAAGUAGUGACAGCGCAGAGGAGACUCCUUUUAAGUCUGAAAGGGAUUCACAGAAACUGAGAAGAAGGUCUUGCCGUCCCAUUCAGAUAAAUCUCAUGGAAUCGGAUGACUCAAUCUCAGGUAGCGAAGAUGAGUAUAUUCCAAAUCCCAUGGAUGAAAGCACAGAAAGUGAUAGCAGUAUGGAAUUAACCCUGGAAAAGGAAAAAAAGAACAAAGGUGCAUCAUCCAGUCAGAGCAAGUUUAAGCCCAGAGAGAGUGGAAGUAGAUCCUCCAGAGAGAGUGGAAGCGAGUCCUCCAGACAGAGCAAGUCUAAGCCCAGGGAGAGUGGAAGUGGAAGCAAGUCCUCCAGACAGAGCAAGUCUAAGCCCAGGGAGAGUGGAAGUGGAAGCAAGUCCUCCAGACAGAGCAAGUCUAAGCCCAGGGAGAGUGGAAGUGGAAGCGAGUCCUCCGGUCAGAGCAAGUCUAAGCCCAGGGAGAGUGGAAGUAGAUCCUCCAGAGAGAGUGGAAGCGAGUCCUCCGGUCAGAGCAAGUCUAAGCCCAGGGAGAGUGGAAGUAGAUCCUCCAGAGAGAGUGGAAGCGAGUCCUCCGGUCAGAGCAAGUCUAAGCCCAGGGAGAGUGGAAGUGGAAGCGAGUCCUCCAGACAGAGCAAGUCUAAGCCCAGGGAGAGUGGAAGUGGAAGCGAGUCCUCCAGACAGAGCAAGUCUAAGCCCAGGGAGAGUAGAAGUGAAUCCUCUAGUCAUAGCCAAUUUGACUUUAGCCAGAGAAGACUUUUGGAAAGAUGUCAUGAUCCCGCACGAAGAUUUCCAAAUAGCAGAGUUGAUGGGAAUGAAAAGGAAAUCGCAACAUAUUCUGAAAACAAUGUUUCAGUGCCCCUGGAAGAAGAGCAGUAUAUCAUUGUCAGUCCAACUUUAAAGAAAGAUGAUGGAUCCAGAAGCUAUAACAAGAAACAUUUCUGUUUUUAUUGCAGGAAGUUUGUCCAGAAAAUGUCAAGACACUUGUGGCGUAAACACCAAGAUGAAUCGGAUGUUGCGAAAGCAUUCAGUUUUCCAAAAAACUCAAAGGAAAGAAAACUACAAUUGGACUACAUACGAAAUAAGGGAAACUUUGAGCACAACAGUCAUGUUUUGGAAACACAAAAAGGAAAACUAAUCCCAUGUAAACAACCGGGAAAAAAAUCAGAGGGACAUAAAUUUGCACAUUGCAUUCACUGCUAUGGGUUGUUCUCAAGAAGAGCAAUGUGGCGGCAUUUCAAGGUCUGCAGCUUCAAACCCGAAAGUACUAAACCAGGUAAAAAUAGAGUUCAGGCAUUGUGUGCUUUCGCUGAACCUUCUCCAUCGGAAUAUACAGACGCGUAUUGGAAGUUCUUGAGUGUAAUGAGUCAGGACAAGAUUGCAGUUGCAAUUAAAGGAGACAACUGCAUCCUCAAUUAUGGGUUCAGGUUGUUCAAAAAGAAUGAGAAGAUAGUGAGUCAACACCAGUAUAUACGCCAAAAACUGAGAGAACUUGGCAGGCUUUUAUUGGAAGCUAAAAAAAUCACACAUGUGAAGACCAUUCAAGAACUCAUCAAACCUGAACAGUACUCCCAGGUUGUCAGAGCUGCAAAGAACCUAUCUGGAUUCAGUGAGGAAAGUGGCAUAUACCAAUGUCCCUCUCUUGCACGCAAGGUAGGACACAGCCUGCAUUCGUUGGCUAUGUUUAUCAAGUCCGAAGGACUGAAAAAGAAAGAUAAAGAAACCAUAAAAGAUGCUGAGGAGUUCGCACAGUUGUAUUUAGAGAGUUGGAGGUUUGAUAUUGCAGGCCAGGCAUUAACCCAGCUUAACCGGGCCAAAUGGAAUGCACCGCAACUUUUACCUCUUACACAAGAUAUCCAAAGGCUACAUUGCUAUCUAGAAGAAAAACAGCAGCAACAUCUCAAAGAUUUAAAAGAACAUCAUUCAUCCACAAAUUGGAAGGAACUUGCAAAAGUAACACUGACUCAAGUUAUGCUUUUUAAUCGGCGGAGAGCAGGUGAAGUGUCCCGAAUGCGCCUGUCUGCAUACUUAUCGAAGGACACAUCAGAGGAACAGGGAGAUGUAAAUUUGGCCCUCACAGCGCUUGAGCAGAAGCUCUGCAGGCAUUUUGUGCGAAUAGCAAUUGUUGGAAAAAGAGGAAGGAAGGUUCCUGUUCUUCUAACCCCAUUAAUGAGAGAAUCACUUGAUGCUCUUACUGAGAGCAGAGAAGAAUGUGGGGUGCUAAAGGACAAUGAAUAUCUGUUUGCAUUGCCACAAUCUGCCCAUUACCUCAGGGCUUGUGACUGCAUUAGGCAAUUUGUCAGUGAAUGUGCUGACAUAAAAAAUCCUCAAGCGCUAACAUCAAUUCAACUGAGGAAACAUAUUGCUACCCUGUCUACUGUUCUGAACCUCAAAACCACUGAGCUCGACCAGUUGGCAGACUUCCUUGGUCAUAAUAUCGCUGUUCACAGGAAACACUACAGGCUCCCAGAAAGCACCCUCCAAUUAGCCAAAGUAAGUAAAGUCCUCCUGGCAAUGGAACAAGGACGCCUAGGAGAUUACAAAGGAAAGAGCCUCGAUGAAAUACAAGUCGAUGUGAAUGAGACCAUUGACAUGGAGGGACCUUUAGCAGAGGACAUUGAAGAUGUCAGUAUGCUAAGAGAUGAUGGGUCAGACGAUGAGGUCAGCAUGUCAUCCACGCAAGAAUGUACCUCCACAUCACAAAGUCAAAACCGGGGAGUGUCUGCAACCGAUGUCAGUAUGCCAAGAGAAGAGGGGUCAGAAGAUGAGGUCAGCAUGUCAUCCCUGCAAGAAUGUCCCUCCACAUCACAAGUCCAAAACCGGAGUGUGUCUGCAAAAAAGAGAGGAAAACAAACAGCCAUCAAAAGAAGCUGGACCCCAGACGAGUGUGCUGCAGUGGACACACAUUUGAGGAGAUUUAUUGUAAGGAAUCAAGUUCCUGGUAAAGAAGAGUGUCAGCGCUGUAUUACUGCAGAACCUCAAGCUCUCAGAAACAGAGACUGGAAAGCAGUUAAAUAUUAUGUUAAAAAUCGCAUUACAGCCCUGAGAAGAAAAGUCUAGUGUGAAAGCACCUAAUGGAACUGAGGUAAAACCAAAACAUUAGAGGUAGGAUCUUAAAAUGUUUUGUCUUUGGUUGUGUUCUGUUGUAACCUUGUUGUUGUUGUUGUUGUUGUUGUUGUAGGGGUUUGCUCAGGUUUUAUGGCUGUCCAGUGGCCAACAAAUAUACACAUUUCACAGAUCUUAUUUAAUUUUAUUUUUUAUUUGAUGGAUGUAGGAUGGAUGUUCGAGAGAUGAAUGGAUGUAGGAUAGAUGAUUGAUGUUUGAUGGAUGUAGGGUAGA